UCGGGAGGCAGGAGGACUCACAGGCAGGAGGUUAGACGCACAGGAGGAAGCUGAAGAGCCUGACCACCUCCUACAAGAGGCAGGACUUCUCCACACAGACCCCUGAGAGAGAGAGAUCAGCUCUUUGGCACUCGGACACAUUGAGCCAAAGGCACACAUCCACACACAAUUUUUUCAUUUAACAAAACAAAACAAAACAAAACCCUGCGGGAAUUUUACACACCCUGCACAUCAUUCCUUUGCACAUGCUGGCUCAGAGCCCUUUGCACCCCCUGUCCCUCAUCAGCUCCAUGCUGAUCUUGCUACUGGCUCCUGCUGCGGUUGCUGGCUGCAGCGGGAGUGAAAUUGAUAGGCAUCUCAUCCUGGCCAAGGUCAAGGCACAUUUCCUGGAGUCCCUUGGUCCUGCUCCCCAAGGCAAUAGGGUCCAGGCAAGACGAAGGGGGCUCCACAGGCGGCAUGCCUCGGGCACCUCAGCUGGCCGGAGCUGGGAGGAAGAGGACACAUCGCAAGUAAUUGCCUUCCCCUCCAGAGGUGUAUCAUGUGGGCCACCUCAACCUGAUGAGCUUCCAGAGGAUGCCGGACUUUUCACCUACAUCUUCCAGCCUUCCUCUCACACCCUGAGCCGUGUGGUGGCCUCGGCCCAGCUGUGGUUCUACACCGGUCCCGUGACCCUGCAAAGCAGCAGCCUCUCAGAAGUGGCAUCCAACAGUUCGGUGCCUGAGGCAGAGGUCCUGAAGCUCUCCGAACAAGGCCAGAUCCCUGUGGCCACCAUGGCAGUGCCAGCCGCUGAGGACUGGACGGUCUUCCACUUUGGAACCUCCUUCUUGCCUUACAUUAGCCAGAAGAUAUUUGUGCUGUUUGUCCGCUGCCCUGCCUGCCCUUGUGUAGCUGAUGCGGAGAAGAUACCUUUCCUUGUGGCCGUCACCAAACCGAGGGGCCGUGACCGGGCCCGGCGCACCUCAGUGCCUUGGCCACUUGGGGCUCUCAACUUGCUUCAGAGGCCCUCUGAUGAUGCCGAGACCCAUGCCAACUGCCACCGGGCCUCCCUCAACAUCUCCUUCGAAGAGCUGGGCUGGGACAGGUGGAUCGUGCACCCCAGCAGCUUUGUGUUCCACUACUGUCACGGGAGCUGCUCGGCUGCCCACCCGCUCACCUACCAGCCCAACUUCCGUUUGUGCUGUGCAGCCUUGCCAGGCACUAUGCACUCUCUGCGGGUCCGCACUACCUCAGAUGGUGGCUACUCCUUCAAGUAUGAGACAGUGCCCAACAUCCUCACCCAGGACUGCGUCUGCAUAUAACAGGGUCUCUGCUUCAGAGGAAGGGUGACAAUUCCUCCCAAAAGGGAGAUAACCAGCCUCUUUAAUCUAGACCUUGUCUAACACCUUAUGCUGAGAGAGUAUUUCAGCAAACAAGUUUCCUCUCUGGCUGGGCCCUUGAGGCCUUCCCAGACAAUUUGGGACCAAAACACUUGUUACCUGGAAUUGCAUUUUUCAUUCUCCCAUUUUUUAAAAAAUACUGAAAAGCAGCCUUGGAUGCUACAACUGAAAGCAAAAGAGCAGGCGAGAGAUGGAGAGGCUUCCCUUCCUGCCUUUUGUUUGCUCAAAAUGACAUCUUCCAUGUGGUUUCCCCACAGACAAAAAGAUGCAGGAUCCUCAUAUAUUGUCCCGUGUGAAGAUAUGCAGUUUGAGAAAGGCAAAUUUGAGCAGACAACUGGCAGAAAGAGAAAUGGUUAAGCAACUCCUCCCCCUGCUACCCUUCCACCUGAUGGCAGCCACCAAGACUGCUUUUCAAUAAAACCAAAAAAACCAAACCCACACACACUGUAGGAAACAUGCACUUGAGUGUACUGUGUAAUUUGUCCCCAGAAUCCAGGAGUGAUUUAUCUUGACAGAACCCGAUUGAGUCUCAUUUCCCCCCAAUGCCCAAGCACUGUUUAGGGUGAAAAGAGACUCCACAUGCAGAGUGAGGAAACAGGAAAGGGGUCGAUUCUUCUAAGCACAGAACCAACCCAAUCCUUUGGCCAAGCUUGCUUCUCCUUAGCCAUAGAGUAGACAUCACAAAUAUCUGAGAGACUUUUAGGCUGGGACUGUCCUGGAAUCCCCAAUAGGCCUCCACAUAAGAAUAUGAUAGGUCUAUUUGGCCUGCCUCCUCCCCCGUCACACAGAAUUCAAUCUGGCCUCAGCAGCCAAUUUGCCCAGCAAGUUCUCCGGCCUCUAGGGUUCAAAAAGAUUUAGCCCUCAUCCCCAAGACUCCUGAAAAGAACAAUGCCAGGAGGAAUUAUAUCAUGGUCUGGAUAAUUCAAAGCCUACCCAUUUUGAUGAGUCUGCAGUCCCAGAUAUCUCCCUCCCAAUGAUCUUUAAUAUCCAGCCACGCAAAGAGCAAAAUACACACAAUACAAUCCUUACACUUUGACCCUCUGCAAUCUCAGUUAAGUUCCUCUUCCUUCAAGUACCUAAAUGUACCUGGAAGCACAAGGGUUGGGGUAGAGAACUGUUCAGUGGGAUCAGCAAGGUUGCUGUCCAGCCUCUGCAAUCACCACGGCUUCUGUCAGAGGAGCAUGCAGAGGAGCAAGAAGGGGGACUCAUCAAGAAAACACAGAAGCAUUUAUCAGGAAUGCAGCUACAAAGCGCAAUAAGCAUGAGGCAGCAUCAGCUCAGGGAUUGGUGGUGCAUCUUGGCCUGACAUCGAUAACUAAUAGGCAUCUUUAAAUUAAAUCGGGGGGGGGGGGGUCAGCUCAUCAAUCAGAACCACUGAAAUAGGGGACGGUGACUCAACUCCUCUUGCUGGCCGGGAUGGGCUUCAGGCAGGCAGGUGGGGGCGGCACACCAGAAGCCUUCCAGUUCUGCUGAUUGCAGCCGUCCAACGCCUGUAAUCAGAACAUGGUGUGACAGCUGGAGUGUGGGAGUCCCUUUGCUUUUUUGAACUCUGUACCAGUCAGCAGCUUGACAGUAAGGAGCCUAUUAGUAGGUGUUUCCAAAACAGUGCAAGUUAAAUAAACUUUUUUUGUAAAUAAAAAGAA